AUGUGGUGCUCUCAUGUGCCUGUAACCUCAAUUCUAGUGCAGCUCCAAUGCGACUGAAAAGAGCAAACGUUUAUUAUAGUGACAUAGUAAACAUUCCGUUUCGAUGCAGAAAGAAAUAAUAUCGCAUUUAUCGCAUUAAGAAUAUUUCUAACUUAAGUUUUUGAAAUCUUACAAACGAGUGAGUGUUUUUUAGAGACAAAGUAGAUUCUCGAUUCAUAUCUGAUAAUUAGGGCCUGCUUUUGUUCCAACUUCUGUACCUGCUUCCAGGUUAUGACUCACAGCUGUAUUUGUCAUUGAAUUUAUCUGACUAUUGUUUUUUCGCUUCACUGCUCAAUAAAAGUGAAUGGACGGUCGAGGCAAUGCGAAGCAUCGUGGACUUGGCGUUACUGAAACGUUAUUUGCAUUUUUUACGAAUAAUUCACGGAAAUAGUGCAAAGAAUGAUUUGCUGACGCGUUACUUAAUUUCAUUAAUCGAUAAUAGAUUAUAAUUAGUUGUUAUUUCCGUUCUAAAUUCUUAAAUUUCCAUCUGUUUUAUAUCAAAGACGUGUCUAUAAAACAGAAAUAUCUUUUAGCUUCAAUGUACAAGAUAUUUUCGUGCAUUCAUCGCAACCAAAGAGUGCUUUGUUACUUAAUGCAAUCAGAGAUUUAACAUAUUUUAAUGUUAAGAGUGGAGACUGUGCAAAGCAUCUGACAAGGCAUUGAGUGAUACUCUGCCAAAUAUUUCUUCAAAGCUUUAUCAAAGAAAGUAUUAUUAUACACAUAUAUAUAUACAUCAAGUAUGAGUGGACAGGUGAAAGAUGUGCCAUGUGGCAUUCAGUGUUUGAGACACGUAUGUAACAGCUGUUGUGCGCAACAGCACAUCAAUUGGAAACCAUGGCAUCAAGCAGGGAUACUGGUGAUUACCUUCUUAGCGUACACUUGCUACCACUUGACUCGAAAACCAAUAUCUGUAGUGAAGAAUAUUCUGAGCCAGAAUUGCAGUGGAAUAUCACCAUCUUCUGAUAUCCCAGCAAAUGACAGUAUUCAUUGGUGUGAUUGGGUUCCAUUUGACACAGAUGAUGCACCAGCGUUACUCGGUUUGCUGGACUCGUCGUUCCUAUUUGCAUAUGCAGCAGCUAUGUUUCUUAGUGGAUUUAUAGCGGAAAGAGUAAAUCUGCGAUACUUCCUCUCCCUCGGGAUGAUCGCGUCCGGUAUAUCCUGUUACCUGUUUGGAAUCGCCAGGCCGUACAAUAUUCAUAGCUUAUGGUACUUCAUUUUGGUGCAGGCAGCGGGCGGAAUAUUUCAAACCACAGGUUGGCCUGGUGUGGUGACAGUCAUGGGCAACUGGUUUGGCAAGAGUAAACGCGGCUUCAUCUUUGGUGUAUGGAACUCGCAUACGUCCUUAGGAAAUAUACUAGGCAGUCUGAUCGCAGCGAAGUACGUCGAACACGACUGGGGUUUGAGUUUUAUGGUGCCUGGCGCUAUAAUGGGACUGGUCGGAUUCGUCGUCUUCCUGUUUCUAGUGCCAAACCCUACCGACGUAGGGUGUAGCCCGCCUAACUCUCAUGUGUACAGAAAGAUCGAGGCCUCCAAUAGUUCGGAUGAUGAUGUCUAUGCCGAUGUCGGUGAUGGUCCUCACAUCACCGGCGAAGAUCGUGUCAUCUAUCGCUGUGUCUACCGUGAACAAGUUGCCGUUGACGACCCGAAUAAUUCGCGAUCCGAAAGCAGUCCGAUGUUAUCGGGACACCAACGCAUUUAUAGCGCAUCUCAAGAUAGUGCGAUCGGAUUUGUGGGAGCCAUGAAAAUACCUGGUGUCAUCGAGUAUUCCUUAUCUCUGUUCUUCGCGAAGCUCGUUAGCUAUACAUUCCUUUACUGGUUACCAUUGUAUAUUGCGGCGUCGACUACGUAUGGUACAACUUUAAGCGCGUACUUGUCAGUUUUGUUUGACGUCGGCGGUAUAGUAGGCGCUAUAGCGGCUGGAGUGCUUUCCGAUUAUAGCGGCAUGAGCGCUUUGACGUGCGUCAUUAUGUUUGGACUCACGUUUCCCACGUUAUUCAUAUAUGAUUACGUGAGGAACACCAGUCUAGGUGUCAACGUGAUACUAUUAUUGUUGGCGGGAUUGCUAGUGAAUGGUCCUUACGCUUUGAUAACGACUGCAGUAUCCACCGAACUUGGGACUCAUCCUAGCUUAGGUGACAAUUCGAAGGCCUUAGCUACAGUGACUGCUAUCAUCGACGGUACCGGUAGCAUCGGAGCUGCCGUGGGUCCGCUAUUAGCGGGGCUAAUUUCACGAUGGGCCGGAUGGCACAAUGUAUUUUACAUGUUGAUGGCCUCGGACCUAUUGGCUCUAUUGCUUCUGUCCAGAUUAGUUUAUAGCGAAUUAAAAUUAUAUAUGCAACGACGAGUAUUUUAAGUAUAAACUAUAAAAUAGUGAUCAUGGAAACACACUGCGCGAAUUUCGUGGCUAUUCGUCAGAUCUAUGUGUGUCUCGCAAUCUCACUCGCAUUUUCUUAAUAAAAUAUACAAAAUCGUUGUAACAUCACGCCGGAUAUGAGAAAGAUAUGUGUAUAUACAUAUAUAUCUCAUAUUAUUUAAAUGAUGUAAGAAUUCUUAAAUGUACAGAAAUAAGCAGUAUAUUUUUUACAGUA